UUCCACAUACAGGGAGAAGAACCGGAAGUAGCCCCGAAAAUCAAGACAUCCCAAUGGGCCACCGCUGACCCAGGAUUUCACGCUUUCGCGUUUAACCUGCCACAUAGUCGCCUCCUCCCUCUCUCUCUCUCUCUCUCUCUAACAUCUCUCCUCUCUAUCCCUUCACCUGAAAGUCUCGCUCUGCUUCUCUCUCUACAAUUCUAUAUACUCUCCACGCUUACAUACAAAACCGACGUACUGGUUUGUAGAUUAACAAUUUCUCUCUCAUCUUUUGAGGAGCAAAAAGAAAGCCCAAAGAAUGUCGUGGCUGAGAUCUGCAGUGAGCAAGGCGGUGGAGGUUGGCGGGAAGAACAACUUGACACGCACCGUCCGCAAUUACGCGGACACUGUUGUCCAGCAUGCCGGUCAAGCUGUUGCAGAGGGUGCCAAAAUCUUCCAAGAUCGCAUGGGUGCUCGCAAUUUCAAAAGCUUUAAGCAUACUGUCAAAAGAUUGGAAGAAGUUGCGGUGUCCUGCAGAGGGAUGGAAAGGAUACAGCUACUAAGAAGAUGGUUGCUUGCACUCAAAGAAAUUGAAAUGGCAUCUGAAGUUUCUGGUGAUAACAAAGAAAAAAAUCAGGAGUCACCUCACGUUCUUGAUGACACCAACUUAUCACCAAGAAAGGCCCUGUUGGUCCUAUACUUUGAUUCUGAUAUGGUUGGAGAACCGAUGAACUUUCGUGACGUCUUUCUUCAUAGUCAAGCUAUAGAAGGAAUAAUAUUGUCUAUGAUUCUUGAAGCACCAAGUGACGAUGAAGUGUCCCUACUGCUGGAGAUAUUUGGACUCUGUUUUACAGGAGGAAGGGAAGUUCACAAUGCAAUACUGAGUAGUAUACAAGAUUUGGCAAAAGCUUUUGAAAGUUACAAUGAAGAAGUUCUGGUCAAGCGGGAGGAAUUGCUUCAGUUUGUAAAGGGUGCCAUUUCGGGGUUGAAGUUACAUGCAGACAUUCCGAGAAUAGACGCUGAAGCGGCAGCCUUGCAACAAAAACUCUAUGCAAAGAAAGAAUCACAUGAAACUCAAGAAGCAGCAUCUGAAAAAACAACACUUGCCACAUUUGAAGCUUUGAAGGAAGCUCUUGCAGAAGUUACGUCAUGUUCUAGACUGGAGGUGCUCUUUCUGAAGAAAAAGGUCCUAAGCAGUGGAGAUUCACCUGAGAUCCAUUCUCAGAAGGUUGAUAAGAUGAAAAUCUUAGCAGAGUCUCUUGCAAACUCAAUGUUAAAGGCAGAGAAGCGAAUUGCAGAUAAUAGGCAUCUGAAAGAAGAGGCACUUAAUUUUCGUGUGGCUAAAGCCAAUGAAGUUAGUGAAAUUGAAAAGGAAAUGGCAGCAGAAAUCGGAGAGCUUGAAAAACAAAGGGCUGAGCUUGAAGCUGCACUGAAAAGGGUAAUUAAUAUUUCCCUGGCAGCUGCACUUGUACGACUCAACAAUAUGAGGGAGGAGAAAGAGCAAUUUGAUCAAGCAAACAAACAAAUUGUAGGACACUUGAAAACAAAGGAAGAUGAUCUCUUGAGAUCAGUGGCUUCUUGUAAGACAGAAGCAAAUGUUGUCCAGACAUGGAUAAAUUUCUUGGAAGACACAUGGCAUCUUCAGUCCUCAUUCACCGAAGAGAAGGACAAACUGAUUGAAGAUGAACUGGAGAAAUCUGAAAAGUUUUUUGUGAAGUUGGUGCUUGACUACCUUUCUGCUUACAAGGAAGACCUGUGCAAUUCCAUCAUGGAUAUCAGAAAAUGUGUCGAUGAACUAGACAAUUUAAGAAAGAGGUCCUUUUCAGCCUCUGACGUAAACAAUGAGAAUCCUGAUGCUAAAGAAGCAAAGCAAAUAAGGCACCUUGAAGAGGGAUAUUUGAAUGCCGAAGCAAAGAUUAUUACCACCUUCAGUGUUGUGGAUAACAUGAGGGAGCAGUUUUAUUCUCAACAGGGAAGUUCUUCUAGGCGAGAUACUUCCCUAGUGCAAAAUGCGUUUGAUGAACUUGAGAAGAUGAGGCAGGAGUUUGAGUCAAUUCCAAGACCAACUUUGGAAAUUGAAACCCCAUCCCCAAGAGUAGGAGAGACCACCACAGUAUUUGAUCCUAAAACACCCAAAACUCCCAAAUCACCGCAAGUUGCAAAGCACAUAGAGGAGACACCCCCAUCAAAAGCAGAAGCAUCUGCAGAUCAACCAGCAGCAUUGGAUCCAGAGGCCGAGCUUGCGAAGCUUGAGUCAGAAUUUGGGAAGUUGGGCAGAGACUAUUCAGCCGAAGAGAUUAGUGGAUGGGAGUUCGAUGAACUUGAACAAGAGCUCAAAUCUGGGGAUACAACACGCAAGGAUGAUAAAUAGAUGCCCUCUGCUUCUUACAUUCCGACUUCUCCUGGUCUGAGCAUCCUGGUCAAUGUUAUUUUCUAAUUCAAUUCACGAAGUUGUGGAUUGUAUAAAAUAAAUGCCGUAGGAGGAUGGGUGUUUGAUUGUGUGUGUGACUAGCGCAGGAGGGAAUUUCUUGAAGCCAAGUUGCAUGUAUCUUUGUGGUCUAUGGUCAAUUCUUUGGUUGCGUUUAUAAUAUUACCUCGGUUUUUCA